AUGCCGCUCAAGAAACCUGACCCGAAAAAGGAAGCAGCCAAAGCAGCCCCGGAGCCACCCCGAGAGCCUGCCUUCGAUCCCCGGAGCGUGAAGAUUGAAUUCACGGCAGAACAGAUCGAAGAGUUCAAAGAAGCCUUCAGCCUGUUCGACCGGACGCCCACGGGCACCAUGCAGAUCAGCUACGCGCAGUGCGGGGACGUCCUGCGGGCACUCGGCCACAACCCCACCAACGCAGAGGUCCUGAAGGUGCUGGGCAAGCCCAAACCAGAAGAAAUGAACACAAAGAUGCUGGACUUCGAGACUUUCCUGCCCGUCCUGCAGCACUUCACCCGCAACAAGGAGCAGGGCACCUUCGAGGACUUUGUGGAAGGGCUGCGUGUCUUCGACAAGGAGGGCAAUGGCAUGGUGAUGGGGGCCGAGCUGCGCCACGUGCUGGUCACGCUGGGGGAGAAGAUGACGGAAAGCGAGGUGGAGCAGCUCAUGGCGGGGCAAGAAGAUGCCAAUGGCUGUAUCAACUAUGAAGCUUUUGUCAAGCACAUCAUGUCCGGCUGA